UGCCUUACGACAAAAAAACAAAAAGACACGAAGACAUCACAAAAGCAGUUGCUUAUUUCAUUGCAAAAGACAUGCUUCCCAUUAGCGUUGUCGAAAAUGAGGGAUUUAAGAAACUUAUCCGCGUCCUUGACUCCAGAUACGAGCUACCUGGCCGAAAACAUUUUUCACAGACAGCGAUUCCCCGAAUGUACACGGAGUGCAGGGAGAAGGUAGAGCGGCAGCUGCAGCUGCAAUUUUUCGCCUCUAUUUCUGAUAUGUGGUCUAGUCGCACAUCUGAGCCUUAUCUGAGCCUCACUGUUCAUUUUAUUGAUAAUGACUGGAAUCUUCAGAGCAAAUGCCUCCAAACGGUGAAGUUAUUGCCCAAGGAUUGAUUGACGCACUCGCCUCCUGGGGGCUAAGUGAAGACCGACAAUCGUGCAUCACAACGGAUAGUGGUACAAACAUGGUAAAAGCCACUUCACUCAACAAAUGGACACGACUUCAGUGUUUUGGUCAUCGACUACACUUGGCUAUUGAAAGAGCAGGGAAGGACAAGAGGAUGGAUCGAGCCGUUGGGCUUUGUAAAAAAGUAGUGGCUGCCUUCUCCUUCUCCUGGAAAAAGAAGAGAGACCUUGCAACUGCUCAGGAAGAACUUAAACUGCCGAAGCACAAGCUGGUGACAGAGUCACCUACCAGGUGGGGAUCCCGUCAAAAGAUGGUGGCAAGGAUGAUUGAGCAGCACAAGGCUAUCUCUCAGGUACUCUCUGCUGACAAGAAAACCAGGCACUUGGUGCCCACCUGGCAGGACAUUGAAGUGCUGGAGUCAAUGAAUGAGGCCUUAAAGCCACUUCUUGAGUUCACAGAUUCACUCUCUGGUGAAUCUUAUGUGAGUGUGUCCUACCUCAAGCCUGUGCUGCACCUCUUCAGAACAGAGCUCCUGAAUCCCUCUGAUGAUGACACACAGCUCACAAAGGACAUAAAGACAGCAGUCAUAGAAUAUCUCAAUGAGAAGUACGAUGACGAGAUAACAGACAAACUGCUUGAUAUGGCAUCAUUGCUUGACCCGCGCUUCAAGACUCAAUAUAUCAGGCCAGACAAGAUUGAGGCAAUCAAAACAAGAGCAGUGACUGAGAUUCUGAAAAUGGAGGGAGACCCAGGCCCAUCCACUUCACAGGCUUCAUGCAGAACAGAAGAACUAGAGGCAGAGGGAGGUGCUGCUGCAGCUCUUCCUGUAAAGAAGCAGAGGAAGUCACUGGGCAGUUUUUUUAAGAAACCAUGCCCCAGCAACACAGGACUCAGUGACAUGCAGGCAGUGGAGGGGGAGCUGGAAAACUACCUCAUGGGUCCAGAUGCAGACAGUGAAACAGAACCCCUGGAUUGGUGGAAGGUGUAUGACAAAAAGUUUCCUAAAGUGAGCCAACUAGCAAGGCGCUACUUGUGCAUCCCUGCUACCAGCUCCUCCUCUGAGAGGAUUUUUAGCACAGGUGGGAACAUUGUGACCUGUCAUAGGGCAGCUUUAAAACCUGAAACUGUAGACAAGCUUGUCUUUCUUGCCCGUAACUUGUAAAGUUAAAAAAUAUAUAUACUGACUGACCACAGUUAAGAUUUAUUUUAUUUAUUAUUGAAGGUUUGGCAUGCUGACCAGAAAGAAUUAAAAAAUAUAUAUAUUUUUGUUUAUUGACAAACAUUAUCUUUAAAGCACUUUAAUUUUGCAUUUGCAGUCAGCAGAGCCAAAGCCAAGUGUCAUACAGUAUCAUUACAGUUCUUGAUUUUUCUAUAAAGAUAUUUACUUUAUAUAUUCUAUUCUAUUUAUAUUAAUAUUCUACUCUAUUAAUGUUGAUUUUAGUAAUAAAUAAAUCUACCUCAGUUUUGAUAAAUUGUUCACCUGUUUGGGAAGUGUUUGUCAUGUUUUGACAAUAAAGAAUAGUUUAAAACCACAAUUAACUGUCUGGUUUCUACAUCUUUCACUCAGGAACAAAAAUAUGCCAUUAAUCUUCAAAUAAAUAUUUGAUA